UCAAAUGUGUUUACAUCUGUAUCCCCUCAUCAACACUCUUUUUUCACGAUAUCAUCUGUUGGACAAUGUCGAAAAUUCCAAAAGCAGCACUUAGCUUGAAGCAAUUCAUGCUGAGACAGGAGGUGCUCAAGCUAUACAGGACAAUAUUUCGUACCAUUCGACAAGUGCCCGACGAAAGCAGCCGGCAUGAGCUACGGGAAUGGGCAAGAUCCGACUUUCGUAAUAACAUGAAUCAAACAGACGAGCUGGCGAUUAAAAUGUUGCUCCAGCACGGCAAUAGAAACCUUAAACAGUUGCAGACAAGUUUAGAACUUAGUGGAACGGGCUCUAGCACAAAAACAGAUUCGCGAAGCUAAUUGCAACACAUUGUUGGUAGUAGUUUGCUUUAGAUUAUAUUUGAAUCUUUAAAUAUAAAACUUAGUUUCU